AUGAUUAGCCUAAAGAAUUUUAUUUUAUUUCAAAUUUUACUUUAUAAUGGAAGAUUGCCUUAUAUUUUAGCAAGUGAUACUUUAUUAGAUACAUCAAGUCAUGUACAAAAUGGAGGUGAAAUUAAAAAAAUAGAAUUUGAAGAUUUUGGACCAACUGGAAUUUCUUCUGAUAUUGAGGUUAUUGAUUAUAGUGAUAUUAUGAUUAGUGAAUUUAAUCAUUCUAAUUAUAAGCAAAGUAAUUUUUUAUUAGAAUGGACUCAACAGAGUAAAAAUUUUACUAUAACUACACAUCUUACUUUUAAUUUAAAUUCAAAAGCUGAUGAAUAUUUUUAUUAUGAUAUUUCUCCCAAUAAUACUAAUAAUAUCUUAAUUGGCUACUUUUGUUCUGAUAAUAGUGAAUCUGACAUACAUGUAAUAAUUACUAAUCCAGAUUCUAAGAAAAUAUUUAAUAAGAUAGGAUGUGAUGGUGUAUAUAGUAAUCAGAUAUAUUCUCCAGAAGCUCAACAAGCUAUUAAACAUCAUCGUAUUCCAGGUACCUAUACAAUCAUAUUUUCUAAUUCUAAAUGGCAUCAUAAUAAACAAAUUACUUUAUUAGUUGCCAAAGAUAUUGUAAAUAAGAGUAUUCUUAAUAAAAGAGAAUUUAACUACUUUUCAACUACUAUUAGUACUAUAGACAACGCCUUAAAUAGUGUCGUUACAGAAACCCAAUAUUUAUGGACUAAAACCAAAAAUCAUUUAGCUACAAUCAUUAAUACAAGUACUAAGUUAGUAUAUUUUUCAAUUGCCCAGCUUAUUACAUUAUUAAUUGCGACUGUUUCACAAGUAUAUUACUUAAAGAAAAUGAUUUCUCCCAAGUCAUAA